AUGUUGGUUUGGGAGGGGGUAAAGGAGAGGAAGGUAUGCCACGCAGGAACAACAGUGAUAAACGUUGAUACAGCAACUCACCAAACACAAUUAGUUGUACUUAAAUUAGAGGAGUGCAAUGGAAUUCUUACUUGGAGUCCUUUUCCAGGGAAUAGGGAGACCAUAUCUCCAGGACUAAAGCUGAGAUAUACCUCGCAGUCCGGACUAAAUAUUGCUUACCUGGACGAAGGAUUCCUGGACCUUAGCACAGUUCGUCUUGUCGAGACAGACGACCUGGACCUAGCAGCUUACCCAGACCAGGCCAGAGAGCAUAUUUUAACCUGUUUUGGAACAAGUUUUACCCCUGUCACUCUUAUUUAUGGAUCUACCCUCACUACAACAAGGACAGCUACAUUCCUGUGCCCGGCCCAGGUGGGAGCUGUUUGGGUUAAAGUGUUUCAGCAGCUUCUUCAACAGCUGCAAUUAGGAUGCUUAAAACUUAGAUGGUUGAAGGAUCAGUAUAUGUUCCUAUACUACCAGGAUGAGCUCUGUAUGGGACCUCUAGCUGUAGAUGCUAUCAAGGUGUUUGGAGGACGUAAUUGGAGCUAUACGGGCAUGAUUAAGGAGAAUAAAAUGCGUAAGAUCUCGCAUGUUGGAAGAUUAAAAAAGAAAUCGUACGGAAAUAUUCAUUCAAUUAAAGACAGAGGUAUCCAUGAAGUUAAUGAAAGUAUAUCUGGUAGCCCUUUAUCCUCUCCUAUACUUCAUCGCAGAUCAGUCGCUGGACCGGUCAAUCUUGGUCUGGGCUCUCUUCUUUCGAAUGUUGAUAUAAUACCUGAGGAAUAUCCUGGAGUUCGAUCCCUUCGUUCCGGAUCCAUAACACAUGGAUCUGAGUUGACUUUCCUGGAUUUUAUGGAACUUUUCAAAUCUUUCAGGCUCCGACUGCGGAAGGACCUGAAAGCGCUGUUUAACGAGCACGCUGUUGUGGCGAGGAAACAGAGAUCCAGCUUGUCCAGGGCGGAGCAGGGGUGGAGCAGGGUAGAGCAGGGGUGGAACAGAAUGGAGCAAGGGUGGAGCAGGAUUGAUCAUGGCUUGAGUCAAUCUGAAAUUAACAUUUUAAACUCACAACAAGAAAGUUUAACGAGAGUGACGAGGUUAGACCUGGAAGAGUUUAACGCUAGGACAGAAAAGAGGAAAAUAUUCGGUGCUCUAGCCAUAGCGUCAAUCAUUCACAACUCUGCACUGGAAAUAUCCAGAUCGGAGUUAGAGAUUCCUGUUGAAAGCUUGAUUACUUUUUUCUCAGUUUACCAAGGAGAACAUUUAGAGAUGGAGGACGCACUGAAUCUGAUAUACAGACAUGAACCGGAUCCAGGAAUGCGGCGUAAAAGUGCUCUAAGCUUCCAAGGGUUCUCUAACCUGCUGAUGGAUGAGGAUAAUGAUGUAGUUGGAGGACAAGAAGAGGAAGAUGAUAUGUCCCAUCCUCUCUCACAUUAUUUCAUCGCAUCAUCUCACAAUACUUAUCUUACAGGUCACCAGCUGAAGGGUCAGUCUUCGGUAGAGUUAUACAGACAGAUUCUUUUAACAGGGUGUAGGUGUGUAGAGCUGGACUGCUGGGAUGGUGAGGAUGGGUCUCCAAUUAUCUUUCAUGGACAUACUUUAACCUCUAAGAUUGCCUUUUUAGACGUUGUCAAGGUGAUAGAAAAAUCUGCAUUCAUUACUUCUCCAUAUCCUCUCAUCCUUUCCAUAGAGAACCACUGUUCUAUCCAACAACAGAAGAAAAUGGCAACAAUUUUUAAGGAGGUGCUAAGGGAUAAACUGUUAACUUAUCCCUUCAUGGAGAACGAGAUGAUCCUCCCCAGCCCCAGCCAGGGUCCUCCAGGCCCCCAACCGUCCUCGUUUGAUCAUGACGAAGAAGAAGACGAGUUUGACAGUGAUUUUGACGAGGAGAUGAUUAUUGACGAGGACGAUGAGGAUGGAGGGGACGAGGAUGGACUCCAAGAUAUCCCAAUGCCCCUGGAGCUUCUGAAUUUGCGGAGGAGGAGAGGGGUUCAGGAUGAUUUUCAGCUUGAAACCCAACUCCAUCAUACAAAACUAUCUUCAAGGGUUCGUGCCAGCACAGUGGACUCCCCCCUGCUGUAUCACAGGAAGAUGGUUGCCAAUGUGAGGAUGAAGAAGAAGGUUCAGGUGGCUCAGGAGCUCUCAGAUCUAGUGGUGUACUGUCAGUCAAGGAAAUUCAAGGAUUUUAAAGAAAGUGAUAGGUCUGAUUCCCCGAUACUUCCUCAACGAAUAAAAAGUCUAGAAAACUCUCCCUCUCAACAUGAACGGGACUCAGGGUCUUCCACAACCAUUUACAACUGUUCAAGCAUUCAUGAGAACAGAGCUAAGUCUGUAGGACGAAAGUCUCCUCUCCGAAUGCUUGAGCACACUGAGAGGUUCCUUGUCCGGUGCUAUCCUGCCGGGAUGCGGAUAGAUUCCUCAAACUUUAACCCUAUCACAAUGUGGUCAGUUGGAAUCCAGAUGGUUGCACUGAACUAUCAGACCAGAGAUUUCAACAUGGUGCUAAACACAACAUUUUUCUCACAGAACAAGCGGAGUGGGUAUGUUUUGAAACCCAGUGUAAUGUGGAAUCCUGAUCAUAUUCUUUACAAACGUUUUACGCCAUUCUCUAAGGAGUUAAUUGGUCUGCACUCAACUACCAUAGAACUUACAAUUAUAAGUGGACAAUAUGUAUGCGAGCAUGACUAUUCUGCGAGCCCUAUAGUCGAAGUUGAGGUUCUUGGUAUACCUAAAGACUGUUACAAGUACAAAACUAAAAUGAGCCAGAGAAAUGCACUCAAUCCAAUUUGGGAAGAUACAUUCGAGAUUGAAGUCCGUUUGGCAGAGCUGGCGUUUCUCCGUUUUACCGUUGUGGAUAUAGCAACUAGUGUUAGUACCGCCCAAAGGAUAAUACCUCUUAAGCAGCUAAGACAGGGCUAUAGAAAUGUCCCCCUAUGGGAUAUGAAAGGGAAGCCUCUUCCUCUUUCUUCACUCUUCAUUCUCUCUGUCUUUCAUCCUGAUUCUGUUCUGAGGGAAGACUCUCCAAGUGCCGAAUCUCUUCAACGAAAGCGUAUGUCCUUUCUUCUGAUCCAUGAUGUGGGGGAGCAGGAUCCCUAUGCUAUUCUGAAAGUUACCAGUGAAUCCACAGCUCAGGAUGUUAUUAAGAUGGCUCUUGAGAAGGUUGGAAAAACAAGCAAGGUCAAUGAGUUUGUUUUGUUGGAGGAGGUUGGAAAGGACAAUGAUAAUCAUCAGCGUCUUGUUGGUAUGGAGGAAAUACCACUCUCUGUUCGAUCUCAAUGGCAAGCAGAAGGAAAGUUUGUGCUUAAAAGAGUAGGUGAGGAUCCCAGUUGGAGAGCUAGACUUGGAACCAAUAUGAUUCACCCAAGGGAUCGAAGGAUUUCUACAAUGUUCCCCAAGUCUGAGUUUAAACUUGAGGAUGUAGAAGAAGAGCCAGAUAUGUUCCUUGUCUGCAUAUUCAACGUAAGCCCUGGUGUAGCUCAUACAAUACUUAGAGUCAGUAAAUCCAACACUGCAACCCAGGUCAUUGUUCAAGCUCUCAUGAAGUCGAGGAGUAUCGAGGAUCCAAGAUCUUAUGUCCUAGUAGAAGAAACUGAAAUCCCUGACGGGAAAAAGAAGGUAGGAAAGAAGUUGGUUCAGCGCGUUCUGGCAGACGAUGAGAAUGUGUACCUGGUUCAGAGUAGCUGGAAGGGGGUUGGAAAACUAACGCUUCUGGAACGGGAUAAGAACGUUCUUCGAAACCGCGGCCUUGAAACUCAUCAAAACAUUAGAGAAACCCAGAGUGAACCUUUAUUCCGAGGAUCUCCACGUCUCCGAAGACCCAACAACUUAGUUGGAAGAGUAAGAAAGUUCUCCAGAAGCCUGUAUGGUCAUGAAGGAAUGGAUGCUCAUGAAACCGUCUCGGACAAUGAUCUCUCUGAUGAUGAUGAUGAUUCUAAUGGAAGGAAAUCUUCUAUUGCUAAUUUUCGCAAGCUAAAAAUCUGGUAGAUGUUUGAUGUUUAAUGUGAUAAUAUUUAACUCAAGUGCUUAUAUUGACUGUUGAUCCUAAAAUUAGGUUUCAGCAAUUAUAACAGACUGUGGAAAAAAUAUUCAUACUAGUCAAUUUUAACUGUGAUAUCAUUGUAAACUUUAUCCAUCAUAUAAAUACAUAUAAAUGG